UUCCGCAGUGCCCGCAGCCUCGGCCAGCGGCCACACAUUGCUAUGGUGACUGUGGGCAACUACUGCGAGGCUGAAGGGCCCGUGAGUCCGGCCUGGACACAAGAUGGCCUCAGUCCCUGCUUCUUCUUCACCCUCGUGCCCUCGACGCUGAUGGCCCUGGGGGCUCUGGCCUUGGUGCUGGCUUUUCCCUGCCAGCGUCGAGAGUUGCCCACUGACGUACAGGCGCUGUCUUUGGGGGCCGGCCCUCUCGUCGCUCCCUACCGGCUGCAGCUGCUUCUGGCCAUCCUUCAGGUGGCGCUGCCCCUGGCUGGCCUGGCCGGCCGGGUGGGCACUGCCCGGGGGACCCCGCUGCCAAGCUACCUACUGGUGGCCUCUGUACUGGAGAGUCUGGCCAGAGCCUGUGGGCUGUGGCUGCUCUUGUUGGAACGCAGACAGGCACGGCAGAAUCUGGCAAUGGGCGUCUGGAUCAAAUUCAGGCACAGCCCGGGUCUCCUGAUUCUCUGGACUGUGGCGUUUGCAGCCGAGAACUUGGCCCUGGUAUCUUGGAACAGCCCGCAGUGGUGGUGGGCAAGAGCGGACUUGGGUCAGCAGGUUCAGUUUAGCCUGUGGGUGCUGCGGUAUGUGGUCUCUGGAGGACUGUUUGUUCUGGGGCUUUGGGCCCCUGGUCUUCGUCCCCAGUCCUACACAUUGCAGGUUCAUGAUGAGGACCCAGAUGUAGAAAGGAACCAGGUUCGGUCAACAGACCAACGGUCUACCUGGCAAGACCUUGGCCGGAAGCUCCGCCUACUGAGUGGCUACCUGUGGCCUCGGAAGAGUCCAGCUCUGCAGCUGGUUGUGCUCAUCUGCCUGGGACUCAUGGGGCUGGACCGGGCACUCAAUCUGUUGGUCCCCAUCUUCUAUAGGGACAUUGUGAACUUGCUGACCGAGAAGGCACCUUGGAGCUCCCUGGCCUGGACUGUUACCACCUAUGUCUUCCUUAAGUUCCUCCAGGGGGGUGGCACUGGCAGUACAGGCUUUGUGAGCAACCUGCGCACAUUCCUGUGGAUCCGGGUGCAGCAGUUCACUUCGCGGCAGGUGCAGCUGCGCCUCUUUUCCCACCUGCACGAGCUCUCACUGCGCUGGCACCUGGGCCGCCGCACUGGGGAGGUCCUGCGGGUCGUGGACCGGGGCACGUCCAGUGUCACAGAGCUGCUCAGCUACCUGGUAUUCAGCAUCCUACCCACGCUGGCUGACAUCAUCAUCGGCAUCAUCUACUUCAGCAUGUUCUUUAACGCCUGGUUUGGUCUCAUUGUGUUCCUGUGCAUGAGUCUUUACCUCACCUUAACCAUUGUGGUCACUGAGUGGAGAGCCAAGUUUCGCCGUGCUAUGAACACACAGGAGAAUGCUACCCGGGCACGAGCAGUGGACUCUCUGCUAAACUUCGAGACGGUGAAGUAUUACAGCGCCGAGAGCUAUGAGGUGGAAUGCUAUCGAGAGGCCAUCAUCAAGUAUCAGAGUUUGGAGUGGAAAUCAAGCGCUUCACUGGUUUUACUAAAUCAGACCCAGAACCUGGUGAUUGGAUUCGGGCUCCUUGCUGGCUCCCUGCUCUGUGCAUACUUUGUCACUGAGCAGAACCUACAGGUUGGGGACUUUGUUCUCUUUGGCACCUACAUCAUCCAGCUGUAUAUGCCCCUCAAUUGGUUUGGCACCUACUACAGAAUGAUCCAGACCAACUUCAUUGACAUGGAGAACAUGUUUGACCUGCUAAAAGAAGAGACAGAAGUGAAGGACUUUCCUGGAGCAGGGCCCCUUCACUUUCACCAGGGCCGCAUUGAGUUUGAGAAUGUACACUUCAACUACACCGAUGGGCGGGAGACCCUGCAGGACGUGUCCUUCACCGUGAUGCCUGGACAGACACUGGCCCUGGUGGGCCCAUCUGGGGCAGGGAAGAGCACAAUUUUGCGCCUGCUGUUUCGCUUCUAUGACAUCAGUUCUGGCUGCAUCCGAAUAGAUGGACAGGACAUUUCACAGGUGACCCAAAUCUCUCUCCGGUCUCACAUUGGAGUCGUGCCCCAGGACACUGUCCUCUUCAAUGACACCAUUUACAACAAUAUCCGUUAUGGCCGUGUCACAGCUGGGAAGGACGAGGUGGAGGCUGCUGCCCAGGCUGCAGGCAUCCAUGAUGCCAUUAUGGCUUUUCCUGAAGGGUAUGAGACUCAGGUGGGCGAGCGAGGACUAAAGCUGAGUGGAGGGGAGAAGCAGCGUGUUGCCAUUGCCCGCACCAUUCUCAAGGCUCCGGACAUCAUUCUGCUGGAUGAGGCAACAUCGGCGUUGGAUACAUCUAAUGAGAGGGCCAUUCAGGCUUCUCUGGCCAAAGUCUGUGCCAACCGUACCACCAUUGUAGUGGCCCACAGGCUCUCAACUGUGGUCAGUGCUGACCAGAUCCUCGUCAUCAAGGAUGGCUGCAUUGUAGAGAGAGGACGGCACGAGGCUCUGUUGGCCCAAGGUGGGGUGUAUGCUGACAUGUGGCAGCUGCAGCAGCGGGGACAGGAAGAAGCCUCUGAAGACACCAAACCCCAGACCAUGGCAUGGUGACAAAAGUUGUGGUCACUUCCCUCCCAAAGACUAAUUCAGAGGGAAACAAGACGUAUCUCUUUUCCCUAACUUAUUUCUUACUGGUCUUGGGAUUUAGUGCCAGCUAUAGUGAGGGAAAGGGACUUUCUGGGGAAAUAAAAGUGUAGACUGUGUGAGGA